AUCAUUCCUGUCCUAGCCCCGCCCACUUUCUGGACAAAAUGGAAGAAGCUAGUCGUAGUAGUAGUAGUAGUAGUAAGGUAGCAACAAGUCAGUUUAAAGUGCCAAGCAUUUCCAUACCAAGAAAGAAGAAGCCUCCUAAGCAAGAAGUCACCCCAGAGACGCCUUUAGAUCCAUCCAGGGAUGUUGAGAGCUCACAGGAGUUGACAGAGCAACCAAAACCAAACACCCUAACCACGAUACCAAAGGACACAACAGGCGAGGAACAGAGUGAAGUAGUAGAAGAUCAGCAAACAUCAAAAGACGAUGAUCCUAGUAGACGAGCAAACGAAACGGCUACAUCAGACAAACAGGCAGGGAAUUUCCCUCCCGUCCCGUACAUCGUACCACAUUGGAGUGGCGCUCCCACUGAAUCAUACUUCCUGUCAGUCAUCAAGAACGGAAUAGUCAUUGAAGAAAUCUCCCUAUCCGGCAAACCUUUCCUCGUUUUUGGUCGCCUCCUGUCUUGUGACGUACAAUUGGAGCAUCCCUCACUGUCACGCUACCAUGCCAUACUGCAAUAUCGACCCCCUGAUGGUGAAAAUUCCGACGCUGAGCAAUCAAGCGGAUCAGCAUUCACUGGAAAUACAAGAGAGCCUGGUUACUAUGUGUACGACCUUGGUAGUACACAUGGUACAUACGUGAACAAAAGCCAGAUCAACCCUCGCUGCUACUGCAGGCUCAGAGUGGGGCAAAUGGUGAAGUUUGGUGGAAGCUCGAGAAUGUUUCUACUGGAGAGUGGGACCGGGGGUCAAGCUGAUGUGGAGGCAAGUGCUGAGGAGGAGAUUCAAGAGAUUCUGGAACAGCGAGAGAAGGUAGAGAAGAAAAAGGCAGAGUCAGAGGCCGCCAGGGAGCGACAGGCCAAAGAGAGGGAGAGUAUGGGUGCCAUGUGGGGAAUGUUACUGGAGGAUGUCCCGGAAGAAACAGAGGAAGAGCAUGAACUAGACCCGGAGAGGGAGGCCUACUAUAGUGAGGACCCAAAGAAAGCUCUCUGGAAGUUCUUUGACAGAGAAGGACUCGAGUUGGAAUACGAAACUGUAGAGGAAGGCCCACCCAGAGCCCGGGUGUUCACCGCCAAAAUUAGACUCCCGAUAGACACAGCGACUGGAGAGAGCAUCUAUGCAGAGGCCAGUGUACAGGGUAAAAAGAAGGAUGCAGUGCUGCAGUGUGCCCUCAAUGCCUGCAGGGUACUUGAUGCUCACGAUAUGCUCAGGGAAAACAGUCAGAAGCGUAAGCGUCGUAAGCGUAACUGGGAGGAGCAUGACUACUACGACAGCGAUGAGGACACAUUCCUGGACAGGACCGGAACAAUUGAAGUGAAGAGAAAGCAACGUAUGAAAAAAGCAGGAGUGUCACAUGAUACGACACAAACCUACCGCUCUUUGCAAGAGCAACUCAAGUCCAUUAAAAAAGAGAUAUCUGAAAUUGAACAGAAACUGAAAAGAAAUCAACAAGUCAGUGCUGGUGGUGGUGAUGAGGACCUGGACCAGUUCAUGAAAAGCGUCCGUCAUCAGUUGGACCCAUCACAAAAGAGAGAGCUCAAACAGAAAGUACAAUCUCUUAAAAAGGAGGAGGAGAGAGUGAGCAAGUUGGCAUCCAUUGCUAGACCAGCUGAAAUGCCAGCCAAAAUAAGUGAUGAAGCUAUUGCCCAAACACCUGAGGCUAUCAUAGCUUCAAAAUCAAAAAGAGCGUUCAUACCUCCUCCCAAGAAAGUACCUGCCAAGACGAGCAAUAAACCCUCAAGUAAAGAAGACCUAGUCACAAGGGAAUCGGCCAAAAUGGAGGUCGACCCACCACCGCCACAGGCAGACCCCCCUCAGUCAAAAUCAGACACCUCCGCAAAAAUGGUGCCUAUCAAGAAAAAAAAGAGGUUGCCCCCAGUGAACGAAACAACAAAUCAAUCUUCAGAGCCUCAGUGGCCAAAAAACGAUGAAGACUAUAGCGACUGGAUGCCCCCAGAGCAUCAAACUGGAGACGGAAAAACACAUUUGAACGAAAAAUUUGGCUACUAAAAUUUAUUGUAUACAAUGCUCUGUAUCUGGAUUAUUAUGUUUCACUUUCAUUGUAAA